UGUAACUGACGCAUCCAGCUUCGGUCUAUCCAGGUUCGACCCUCCUGCCAAGCGACCGUCUGUUCCUGCGGGGGUUUUAUUUGUCUGGAUUUUCUUGCUUAAGCCCAAAUAUUUUUUUAUUUGAUCACUUAUUUAAGGAUUUAUUCUGUUGUUCACUGAUCAAGAUGGGCUGUGCUGGAUUCACCUGUUCCAAACAAUCCCUGUGCGCGCUCAACAUCCUCUAUGUUAUGGUGAGCCUGCUGAUGAUCGGCAUCGCAGCAUGGGGGAAGUGGUUCGGUCUGGUCUCCAGUUUCCAGGUGGUGGGAGGUAUCAUUGGUGUUGGCGUCUUCCUCUUCUUUGUGGCCCUGGCUGGCCUCAUUGGGGCCAUGAAGCAUCACCAGGUCCUGCUCUUCUUUUACAUGAUCAUCCUGUUCAUGGUGUUUAUUGUGCAGUUCUCUGUCUCCGCUGCCUGUUUGGCCAUCAACAGAGAGCAACAGGAUCGCCUGCUGGAGGUGGGCUGGAAUAACUCUCAGAGCACUCAGAGGGAUGUGGAGAAGAGCCUCAACUGCUGUGGCUUCAAACAGGUGGAUCCCAACAUCAGCUGUGACGCUGCUUGUUUCCCCAACCACUCCUGUUUGCCCUGUGCAAAUAAGAUCCAGGAACAUGCUGGAGAGGUUCUUCGUUUUGUAGGAGGAAUCGGACUCUUUUUCAGCUUCACUGAAAUUCUGGGAGUGUGGCUUACAUAUCGCUAUAGGAACCAGAAGGACCCCCGAGCCAACCCCAGUGCUUUCCUGUGAGACAGCACCAGCUUCAGCCCUUCUCACCUCUCCACCUCUAUGGACUUUCUCUGGGCCUUAACUGUAAAUACAACACUGACUUAAGUGUUUCCACUGACAGUUGCAGCCAUGCUGUUAUUAUGAUGUGCUUGGUUUUUCAAGAGUGAAGUGUGUUCUGAAAACAAGUGGUUAUUUUUGAAGGAAGAGCACAUCUGUUGCCUCGAGUGUGACAGCUCUGCAUAAGAAAAGUGUAUGAACAUAUACAGUUAGUACACUGAGCACUUGUGUGUGUAAAAAGAGGCAAUAUUGUCUACAGGAGUCUGCUGUAUAUUCCAGAAGUAUUUUUGCAGCCUGCCUGAUGUUGACCCUGAACACUGUUUUAUUCCUUUGGUUGUUGUUUCUUUGUCAGCCCCAUUGAAUGCAAUGAUGUCAACUGCUACUCUGCAUAUUGAUAUGACUACAUUAUUUUGAAAGUAUAAAUACUGUGUGUGUGUGUGUGUGUGUGUGUGUGUGUGUGUGUGUGUGUGUGUGUGUGACUCUACUGCAGAUAUGAGCUACUGUAUGAGAGCUGCUGUUUUGACUGUGUAAACCACCUGUCUGAGCCUUUGUACUGUAAACCACAAUAAAACACUGAUGGAAGAGGGAUCUGGACUUACAGCACUGUGGCAGGAGGUAAGAAAAGGUAGAGAGGAAUACCCCAAAGCAAGGGUAACUGUAUCAUCUCUAUUACCCAAAACUGACGCAUCUCAACACAAUUAACACAAUCAGUGCUGAGAUUAUAAAGAAAUGUAAUCAGCUGCUGAAUGUCCAUGUAAUUUUCACUACUUCUGAUGCACGUGUCAAAUUUUGUGAGUUUCAAAACUCACAAAAGGCACAUGAAAUCUCCAGACCAGCGCCUACCGAAAGACUCUUGGCACCAUGCCCUGUACCUAACAGGAAGUUAGCCAUUUUGAAUCAGUUUACAUUUGAAAUGCAUCUUUUUAUGCCUUAGCCGUAGCCGUAUUUUCAGGUUGUCCGUCCAUCCCUCUCUCAUGAACGCAGUAUCUCAAGAACACCUGAAGGGAAUUUCUUCAAAUUUGAUACAAAUGUCCACUUGGACUGAGGAAUAAACUGAUUAGAAUUUGGUGGUCGGAGGUCAAAGGUCAAGGUCAGUCACAAAAUAUGUUUUUAGCCGUAACUCAAGAAUCCAUCCGUUUUUCUGCUUAUCUCAGGGCCGGGUUAUGAGGGUAGCAAGCCAAGCAAUGCUUUCCAGCUCCUCCUGGGGGACACCAAGGCGUUCCCAGGCCAGACAAGAUAUGUAAUCCCUCCAGCGUGCUCUGGGUCUACCCUGGGGCCUCCUACCAGUGGGACGUGCCCGGGACACCUUCAGCGGGAGGCACCCAGGAGGCAUCCUAGUCAGAUGCCCGAACCACCUCAAAUGACCCCUUUCGACGUGAAGGAGCAGUGGCUCUACUCCGAGCUCCCUCCGGAUGUCCGAGCUCCUCACCCUAUCUCUAAGGCUGAGCCCAGCCACCCCAAUGACCCCUUUCGCCGCUUGUAUCCGCAAUCUCAUUCUUUCGGUCACUACCCAGAGCCAUAGGUGAGGGUUGGGACGUAGAUGGAAAGCUUCGCAUUCCAGCUCAGCUCCCUCUUUACCGUGACGGACCAGCACAGCGCCUGCAUCAUUGCAGAAGCCACACCGACGCGCUUAUCCAUCUCACGCUUCAUUCUACCCUCACUCAUGAACAAGACCCCAAGAUACUUGAAUUCCCUCGCUUGAGGCAGUAACUUUCCCCCAACCCAGAGAGGGAAAUCUACCGGUUUCUGGCAGAGAACCAUGGCCUCAGACUUGGAGGUGCUGACUCUCAUCCCAACUGCUUCACGCUCAGCUGCACACCGCCCCAGUGCAUGCUGGAGGUCACGGUGUGAUUGAGCCAACAGAACCGCAUUGUCUGCGAAAAGCAGAGAUGCAAUUCUGAAGUCCCCAAACCAGACCCCUUCCACCCCCUGGCUGCGGCUUGAGAUCCUGUCCAUGAAAAUCACAAACAGGAUUGGUGACAAGGGACAACCUUGGCGGAGGCCAACACCCACUGAGAAUGUGUUUGACUUCACACCAAGUAUGCUGACACAGCUUUCACUUUGG